AUGUCACAAUUUUGUGUCCUUGGAUUACGAAUAUGGUCAUGUAAAUCUGGCCAUGUCAAAAUUGCUCCAACACCUAUUAAACCACUAUUUCCAAUAAAUGGAAAUGAUGAAUUUGGUAGCUCUUUUUUUGAAGAUAAUCCAAAUCUAAUAGUAAUUGAAUAUUUUUGGGAUAAAGGUCACCAAUAUUACAAUACUAACAAUGAAGGUGAAGAUGAUGAAACAAUUCAAAAGGAACCUAAAAUUGACACCUCUAUAGUUCAUUGUAGUA